AUGAAGACCAAACUGAAGAUCAAGUUGAAGACCAAUCUGAGGAUCUAGUUAAAGAUCAAUCUGAAAAUAACAAACCACACCUUCGUGUAAAAUGCAAUUAUUGUCUAAAAAUUUUUGAAUGUGGAAUUGUUACUCGAAUGCAAGUGCAUCUUAACUAUAAUUGUUUGGGAGCACCAGAAAAUGCCAAAUCAAAUUCACAUACUUCAAAACAGUUAAAAAUUAUAUCAAUUUAUAAUUUUAUAGAUUAUUUAAGUGAAGAAGAACAAGAAUCUCUUGAAUUUAUGUUAGCUCAGGCUUUGUUUGCUACAGGUGGACCAUUUGCUUUUCUUGAAAAUCCUUAUAUAGUAAAAUUUUUUCAAUGUAUUCGCCCUGCAUUUAAAUUACCAAAUCAGAAAAAACUUGCAGAUGAAUUAUUAAAUAAGGUUAAUGAUGAUAUUAAAGAAAAAUCUAAUAAACAAAUUUUAAAAGCACGCAUUUAUAGAAUCAUGCCUACCACUUCGUAUUUAACUCCUCCAACAGAAGUUGGAAGUCCUAUCCCAGCCAACACACCGCACGCUAUCUCCGUAGCACUUCCAACUUGGCAAGAUAAUGUAGACUACGAAGAAGAAAAAUUUGCAAAACCAUCCGAAUCAUGUUUAUUGUUUCCUAGUCGUAAAACUACGGAACGUUGUCGGGCUUACUUGCGUCGAUACUUUGAGUCUAAUAAUCCUGCUUGUUUUCGUUUAGCCGAAAUCACCAUUGUAACACCAGAUCAAAGUAAAUCAUUGACGCAAGGCAAUAUCACAUUGCAUAUAAUUUUUUUUUCGAAAGAAGCAUUCUCUGUGGCAAAAUCCUUUUGGCAACAUACGGGAGAUGGUAUUAGUUCUCGUUUAGCCGAAUUUGCGCUUAAUAUACUGCAAACAAAGUCCAAUGAACAAUAUACAAAAAAUUUUUACGAGGUUUCUACGAAAAGAGCAUCAUUUUGUAAACGAUAUUCUAGUAUACAGACAUCAUACAGCCGGAAUUUGGAUUGUGAACCUAAGGGAACUUUGUUCACAGAUAUUACAUCAAUUGACGAUUCUUCUUUUGUUGAGCAGAACUUUUAUGUUGAAGAACGUUAUGGUCGUAAUUUACCUAUAUCAUUUGCUGAAAAGGCAAAACUUGAACUUAGGCGAAGAAUUGCUAACAGUCUAAAAAUUGAAGAGAAUAAGGAUAGAUUAGAUAAUAUUAUAUCGAUUUCAGCUGAAUUAUCUGUUAUAACAGAACGAUUAGUAAAAGAUGUAACGGAAAAUGAAGUUUUUCUUUUUCCGAAUAUAGAUGAGAUAGAAAGUCUUCUUGAAUCGGGAGAAAGGGUUUUAGCAUUGUUUUGUGAAUUUCCAAGUAAUCCACUAUGCAAAUCACCAGAUUUGAAACGACUUAGAACUCUUGCGGACAAGUAUGAUUUUCCAAUUGUUAUAGAUGAAACAAUUGGGAAUUUUGUCAAUGUUAAAGUUUUUGAAUGGGCAGAUAUUAUGGUAUCAAGCUUAACCAAGAUUUUUAGUGGAGAUAAGCUGAAAAAGGUCAUAAAUAAUGAAUAUGAAGACCUUUUAUGGGGAGAAGAUGCAAUUUUCCUUGAACGUAAUUCGAGAACAUUCAGAGAACGUAUUAUGAAAAUCAAUGAAAAUGCAGAGGAAGUAUGUGAAUUACUUAGAAAUAGUCCUAAAGUCAAAAAAAUUUACUAUCCAAAAUAUAUUACGCCUGAGAUCUAUCUUCAAUAUAAGACAGUUAAAGGUGGAUUCGGAGGGUUAUUUUCAGUUAUUUUCCAUUCGGAUCUUGCAUCACAACAAUUUUUUGACUCACUCAUAGUUGCGAAAGGACCAUCUCUUGGUACUAAUUUUACUCUAGCAUGCCCUUAUACAAUUUUAGCACAUUAUCAUGAAUUAGAUUGGGCAUCAAGUUACGGUGUUGAACCAGGGAUUAUUCGAGUAAGCGUAGGCUUGGAAGAUAAAAAUGAUUUGUUGAAAAGAUUUCAACAAA